CCUUUCGCACCAAAACGCCUUAUUUCACAACCUAUCCACUAUCGGCAAUCAUGUCUGGAAUUAGCAAGGCUUGCUGCUCUAUCCCCCCUGUCGUGUCCAAAGGAUACCAGGCCAAGGGCUCCUACCAGAAAAUCAAUGGCAUGAAGACAUACGUGACUGGCCCCGAGACCGCGACCAAAGCCAUCCUUGUCGUAUACGAUAUCUUCGGCUUCUUCGACCAGACCAUCCAGGGUGCCGAUAUCCUGGCCCACUCUAACGAGCAGAAAUACCGCGUGUUUAUGCCCGACUUCUUCGAGGGCAAGCCCGCCGAUAUUUCGUGGUACCCGCCGACCACUGACGAGCACAAGAAGCUCCUCGGCAACUUCUUCCAGAACCAGGCCGCCCCGCCCCUCCACCUCCCCAAGCUUCCCGAGAUCGUGUCAGAGGCCAACAAGCUGGCCCCCAAUGGCGGAUUCGACUGGUCUAUCCUUGGAUUCUGCUGGGGUGGUAAGAUCGCGGCGUUGUCCGUUGCUGGCGAUAACAAGAUUUUCAAGUGCGCCGCUCAGUGCCACCCCGCCAUGGUCGACCCCAACGACGCCAAGACUAUUAAGGUGCCUUUCGCCAUGCUCGCUUCCAAGGAUGAGCCCCAGAGUGAUGUCGAUGCUUUCAAGGCCAAUCUCGUCGUCCCUAACCACGUUGAGACCUUCUCGACUCAGAUUCACGGCUGGAUGGCUGCCCGCUCUGACCUGGAGGAUUCUGAGGUGAAGAGCGAAUACGAGCGUGGCUACAAGACCCUGCUCCAGUUCUUUGGCCAGCACGCUCGUCGCCGUUCCCAAUCAGAGGUCGCAUCGCCUGACUCUGUGCAGGAACCGGCGACUGAUUCGGGCUCAGGCAUUUUCCAUGGCUUGUUUCGAAGGAAGAGUGAGAGCUUGCUAAAAUCAGAUUCGUCGAGGCCGAAACCUGGGACAUUGAGCCGGGGCCCUGUCCCCCGAAUUGAUACCAGUCAGUCCAGGCCUGACAGGGGUCGCGAAAGUAGCCGACAUAGCGAUCGCUCACGCUCUCACUCUGGAUCCUCAGCUCCUAGAACGCCUGGAACUCCAGAGCCAUCUUCUGCUGUUUCGCAUGGUGAGCCGAGGCAACCGAGCAAUAUCCAGGAUUAUUUGGAAUUCCGUCUUGAUGAAGCGGCCAAGCUCAAAGAUGGACAGUCACCAGAUAAGGCGGCUCUCACGAAAAAAGAUAUCAAGGCUAUUUUCUCUGGAGCUCCCCAUUUCUUGCUCGAAAGAGGCAAACAUGGUCGCUUUUACCCGCAAGUCAUUUUUCCCUGGGAUGAACAUCAUCCACCUAUUCUUCGCAUGCUAGAUCGCAAGCCGCUGCCUCAUGCUUCGUUCACCCUUUGUACUCUCCAUGCGCAUUUACCAGUGCCAGAUGACUGGGCCGUGAGGGGCGGUGUUCCUCUACACCUACACAGCUGGCAGCGUACUGGAGGGUUCAAAAGAGCUUCAUUCGAUGUGGGCGUCUUUGAGGUACCAAACAUGUUGGCCAACAACGGGAGAGAGCCAGGGACUGUCGGGUACCGACAUUUCUUGGAAUUCGAUAUCGCUGAUAUGAAACGGUAUUCCGGGCGUCUCGAGCCUAGGGUAGACCCGGAAUUCCAGCGACUCGGGCAACUUCCUGCUACUGAAGCGUUUGGGCUGAUGGAUGGCUAUAGCAAGCCGUACUCGCAGUGUCUCAGUGGUGCUGUGCUUGACCGACACCAACUCUUUCGAGAGGGACCUGCUGCGUGGAAGCGUAUUGGGGUACGAGAUAUCAAUCUUCGGACUCUGGUGCAGCGCUUGACACACUUGCGACAAUUGCGCUUGAAAAUCCUCAUCGAUGGAUCGACGAUGACGGUUUUGGACAUAGAAACGUCUCAUGAACUACAUACAAUUUUGCAUACCCAGUUUCUGUAUCCUCAUCCUCCACCCGCAGACCUGAUGCCAGGGCAUCCGGAGAGUCUCAAAUCACAGAUCAAGACAUUGACGACUGUCCUCGCCACACGCGGAGCAUGGAUUGAUUUCAGUCUCCCAGAGUGGCGUGUUCGAGCUGGCCAGAUUCUAUGGGAAGCACCCCCGCACGCAGACGGAGACUGCUUCAAUGAAAGCGAAACCGGUUCAUCACAAAAACCAUGGAUGAAUCCAGGUAUGGAACGAAAGUGGCUCCUGGUUCAACUGUUACUUGCAGCGGAGCUCCUGAUCCGUCUCGAUGCGUUUGUUCGCAGGGGCAUGUUACACGACCCUCACGGCGGUCUGAUGACAAUGCAAGAACUCGAACAUUAUGACAGGAUGCGAGAGGGAAAAGUAAACUGGGAUCUCAUUGUUGCGCGGCGAUUCCUCGACAAUCUUGAUAUUGCUUAUGGUUCGACUCCAGCUGAAGCUUCACCAGUUGGCACCCCGUCAUCCGCACCAUCCGACAAACCAACCAAACAUCGCUUUUCGUUGCUUGAGUCUAUCAAUCGUCGCCUCACGUCGUCCACUGAGCCUGAUUGCCGUUCAGCAUGGCAAUGUCACAUCAGUUCCCCGCAUAUCCGCCAGCAGUUGGAAGGACUCUGUGUCUUUGCGGAAAACAUUGGAUGGCCGGAUAUCGACACACUCAAGACUACUUUAGAACAGAAACUCCGCAACGGCAGCCAGGCUUUAACUUUUCCCCCAGUCGAAACUGAGGGACAUCAACCAGCAUCGGAAAAGACAGCAAGCAACCCUGCAGCCGCAAGAGCGGUGCAAGAAGACAUGUACACACGAAGCCAGUCUAGACGGUGCAUCAAGCUGCGCAGUCCCUGCAUAGAAGAUGAUGAUCCGCAUGCAUCCGAGACUCUAGGCUGGAUCUCUCGAACCUGGUUAUCAGGGUUUGUCAUACCCGGCGAAGGAAUAAGCCACCUCCUGAUCGGUACAUUAUUGGAGAACGACACCAACGCAAUCGAGCAACUAGGACCGACAGCCAAUCUCUACGGCGGCUUUAUAUACGGCAGCCGCAGCUGGUGGAGCAAGGCAUGCAUCGUCGGCCGUGUCUUGUCGGCUUUAGAUUGUGCCCAGACCUGUAUGGGAUGGGUCGGCAGUGACGUGCUUCCCCGCGAUGUGAAUACCAUGAACCCAUUGGAUCCGGGCUGGUUUGAGGUCCCGGUUCAGCGGUUUGAGGCCCCAGUUCAGCGGGUGUCGCGCACGGGUUCGGCUUCAGCCGCGUGCCGUCCUCGUAUCAAGCAAGGAGGCAGGCUUGCACUGGAUUCAACCCCGCUCGGCACGGGUGAUAUCAGUGCUGAUGCUUUUACGUUGCCGGUUGAUCAGCCUGCUACGAGUGGUUCCGCGCCAACCGUGAGGCUAGAGGCGCUUAUUUUGCCUGUGCAUACGCCUCGACGGAGGAAUAUCAUUAAGAGCGAUGAGGCUUCUAUCUCUUUUGCUCUUGAGAUGGAAUCUGAGUCUAAAUCUGAAUCUAAGGCUCCAACUACGGUUACGUUGCCACUCAGGUACAAUGUGCGCUUUAUAUCCGGCCAUGAAUGUCGUCCACCACUCGGCUUCCUAUCCCAUCACCAGGACAAAGGUGACAAAGCAGAAUCCUCAGAGUGGAGUGGGUUCAAACGCCUACCAGGCCAUCCACUGCAUCGAUCAUAUACAUACAAGAACGUCUCUCUCGAGUCCCUGCCUCAACAACCAGCCCCAUCGGCCAACACAGAUGGACCCCAUGAGGUCAUCGUGAUUGAUGCGCGCGGAUCCCGAACCAAGGAGACGUUCGUCCGAGCCUGGUGCGCGUCAGUAGGAAGUCACGCGUUAAUCGGUCGCGUCGGGAAAACAUGCAUCGCAUGUUGUGUCCGAGAAGCACGUGCGAUCAAUGUGCAAGUCGUGGUUCGAGUAGGAGACUACUAA